AAAUGGGAAACAAAUUUAAUUAAUAAAAAUAUUGGGGCAAGACCACGAAAUUGGCAGUUUGACACAACUACCGUGGAAAGAAAAGUAAGUUGAUCGUAUUACUAAAAAAAAAAAUGAGGAGAGUACUUUAUGCAGUACGUUCCCCUCAGUCCACAGCCGUUGGAUGACCGCGUCAUGAUAAUCAGAAACCCAUUCAACGGUCAGAUAUUCAGGAAAAGAUACCUCUUCUGCGUACCGGACUUUUCUCUCACUUUCCCGAGCUCGCAUCUGUUCUUCCCCGUCGUGGCCACAAAAUGUCACCGAUCAAAUCAUCCCAAUCCUCUGUCUUCUCUCUCUCUCUCUCUCUCUAGCCGCCACUGUAAUCUUGCAAAUCAGUGAACAAAAAAAUAAUAUAUAAGUAAAAAUAUGUAGAAUAUUUUUAUGAUACCAAAAAUUCAGAACUGAAGACUUCGCUCAUCCUUUCUCUGCUUCAUUGUUGACGCUGUCUCCGGCGAAGCAGCGAGUUUCCGAUGAGUGCCGGCGGUGAGUGUGUCGACGACUGAGAGAUGGCGGACGACGUGGUGGCGAAAACGUUCCGAGCGCUGGUGGAGGGGGCGGACCGGAAGUUCGCUAGGGUUCGGGACGUGCCGGCGUACGGGAGGGGGCCGAACCACUAUUUUCAGAAGGUGUUCAAGGCGUACAUGAGGCUGUGGAAGUUCCAGCAGGAGAACAGGGCAAGGCUGGUGGAGGCGGGCUUGCAGCGCUGGGAGAUCGGCGAGAUCGCCUCGCGAAUCGGCCAACUCUACUUCGGGCAGUACAUGAGGACCAGCGAGGCCCGGUUCUUGUUCGAAUCGUACAUCUUCUACGAGGCGAUUCUCAGUAGAGGCUAUUUUGAGGGAUCGAAGAAGGGUUCGACCAAGGAUUUGGGGGUGAGGUUCAAGCAGUUGAGGUUUUAUGCGAGGUUUUUGUUGGUUUCGUUGCUGUUGAACCGGUCUGAGAUGGUUCGGCUGCUCGUGGAGCGCUUCAGAGUUCUCGUUGAUGACAGCAAGGCCACUUUUCGGGAGACCAACUUCAAAGAAUGGAAGCAAAUAGUGCAAGAAAUUGUCCGGUUUGUGAAAUUUGAUACAACCUUUGUGAAUAUAAGGCCUUUACGAUAUUGUGCAAUGUUUGAUUCCCACCCGGAUUCCCAUCCAUAUAUUGCUCGCUUCCAUGCAAAGAAGGUUCUAAAAUUUCAAGAUGCGUUGUUGACAAGCUAUCAUCGGAAUGAGGUCAAAUUUGCAGAACUUACUCUGGACACUUUUAGAAUGCUGCAGUGUUUGGAAUGGGAACCUAGCGGAUCUUUCUACCAAAAGCAUCAGGUUGAAUUAAAAGAGAAUGGUGUUGGGAUUGAUCAUUCUGGAGCUUCUGGACUAAUUGAUAUAAACUUGGCUGCGGACAUGACUGAUCCAACUUUGCCACCCAAUCCAAGGAAAGCUAUUCUCUAUCAUCCAUCAGUGACACAUUUGAUAGCGGUUAUUGCUACAAUAUGUGAGGAGCUCAGUCCAGAUAGUGUUCUUCUAAUCUAUCUAUCGGCCUCAGGGAAGGCUAGUUGUAGUAAUGUCUCCCAGAUAGAUAGCUCUGGUGGUUCAAGGAAAUCUUCAAAGACCAAAGUUGUUUUUCAGGCGUCAGAGCAACAGAAUAGCUCUGUUCCUGAAGUUCAUGUUAAUGGCGAAGAGAGCACUGUUGACUGUUCAGAAAAUUAUCUACUGUUGGGCCCUAAAGGAAAUGGAGGUUUGAAUAUUCUUUACCCUGGUGAUAUAAUACCUUUUACCAGAAAACCUCUUUUCUUGAUUAUUGAUAGUGACAACAGCCAUGCAUUCAAGGCUUUGCAUGGAGCAGAAAGGGGAGAAACAGCUGCCCUGCUUCUGUCUCCUUUGAGGCCAGCAUUCAAAAACCCAUCCAUGGUUGAUUUGUUUCAGAAUGGUAGCCAGUUUACUUUUUUCUUGACUUCUCCAGUGCGAGCUUUUUGCCAGUUAGUCGGCCUCUCCUCUUCAGAGACUGAUGCAGAUGUUUACAAUGAUGCUGAUGGCAUACUGUCCACUGCCUUCUCUGAGUGGGAGGUGAUACUCUGUACAUCAGCCGGUUUGCAUCUGGUUUGGGCUCAAGUUUUUUUGGAUCCUUUUUUGCGGCGUUUAAUCCUGAGAUUCAUUUUCUACAGAUCUGUGCUUUCUUUCUUCAUUCUGCCAGAAGAUAGGGAUCAAUAUCUGCCUAUCUGCCUUCCCCAUCUUCCAAAAUCAGUCGUUGCAAACUCCAAAGCUGUGGAAUCUGCAGUUGUCCGGCUUGCAAACCACCUCAAAGUUUCUGAAUGUUUUCUCUUCAAUGACACAUAAUUUGGGGCAAAAAAUUAUUCGGCCAUGUUGUAAUAUAAAUGCAUAGCCAUUCGGACUUCAAAAUUUCAUUGAUUAGGGGAGCAAGGCCUCCCGGUACUCUUAUGAGUUGCAUUGAUGUUCGAGAGGGGGCUUUGGAGAAGUAUGUCGUCGGUUAUGGGAAGCAAAGCAGGGUAGAAUUCGGGGGCAUGGUUGCUUUCGCUCAUUUUAGUGCCAAUCCUCAGCCUGCUGUUUCUUCUGUUCAUUUGCAGUCGCGGAGAGAGUAUACAGUAGUUUGCAUGGGUGUUCGAUGAUUUGCAGGAUGUGUUCCCACAAUAUGCAUGGGGGUGGGUUAAUCGUUUUCUGGGGUUACUUCUGUAUCACUUUAUGAUGUGAUUAGUCUGCUUGUUACAGUUGUUUCAGGUUUAGUGCUAAUUUAUUUAUACCCGUGUUAAAGAUAACCGUGUACCAAAGUCUUUUAUUGUUAUUAUUAUUUUUUUUUUCAAUUUUUUUUGUUGUUUUUUCUGUUUUGGUUUUGGGUCAUUGUUACAAAUUCUUGGGAAGGUGAUUUCAUGAGGCAGUUUGUAGAUGAGUAUUGGAACCUAAUGCAAAUAACAAAUCUGGAGUUUGCGUUGCUCUGCUCCCCUCA